ACCUGACGUCACGAGUGCUAUAAAACUCAGCAAUUGCUUUAAACUCUUCUUGCUGGAUCAGAGGCUUUAAAAUCUUUUUUCAUCUUCGAGCUGUAGCUCCGGCUGCUCGUCGGCUCGGCCUCCCCCUCCCCCGUCUGCUCUCUGCCUCGUCUUUUCCCCAGGACUUCGCUAUUUUGCUUUUUUUAAAAAAAACGGCAAGAAAGAACUAAACUCCCCCCUCCCUUUCCUCCAGCCGGGCUGCACCUCUGUCUUGCACUUUGCACGGAGGGAGAGAGAGCGCGCGCGCAAGGGGGAGAGAGAGAGGAGAGGAAAAAAAUAAUAAAGAGAGCCAGGCAGAAGAGGAGGCGAGAAGCAUGAAGUGUUAACUCCCCCGUGCCAAGGCCCGCGCCGCCCGGACAGCCGCCCGCCGCGCCUCCAGCCCCGAGCGGCCGCCGCGCGCGCCCCGCCGCAGCCCCGGCCGGCCAGGCGAGCUCUCCUUAUGCAAAGCGCGCAGCCGAGCGGCGAGCGGGGGACGCCGCGCACCGGGCCGGGCUCCUCCGGCUUCGCCGCCGCCGCAGCCCGCGGAGGACCUUCCCGAGCCUGAAGCCGCCGGCUCGGCGCGCACGGAGGCGAGCGAGCGAGCUAGCGAGCGAGGAGGGGCCGGGGCGAGCGAGCGAGCACAUUGGCGUGAGCAGGGGGAGGGAGGGCGGGCGCGGGGGGCGCGGGCAGGGCGGGGGGUGUGAGAGCGCUCGGAGGUUUCGGGCCAGCCACCGCCGCGCGAGCUAGAAGCGCCCCAGCCCGGCAAGCUGGCUCACCCGCUGGCCACCCAGCACAGCCCGCUGGCCCCUCUCCUGCAGCCCAUCUGGCGGAGCGGCGGCGGCGGCGGCGGCAGGAGAAUGGCAUCAGAACUGGCAAUGAGCAACUCCGACCUGCCCACCAGUCCCCUGGCCAUGGAAUAUGUUAAUGACUUCGAUCUGAUGAAGUUUGAAGUGAAAAAGGAACCGGUGGAGACCGACCGCAUCAUCAGCCAGUGCGGCCGUCUCAUCGCCGGGGGCUCGCUGUCCUCCACCCCCAUGAGCACGCCGUGCAGCUCGGUGCCCCCUUCCCCCAGCUUCUCGGCGCCCAGCCCGGGCUCGGGCAGCGAGCAGAAGGCGCACCUGGAAGACUACUACUGGAUGACCGGCUACCCGCAGCAGCUGAACCCCGAGGCGCUGGGCUUCAGCCCCGAGGACGCGGUCGAGGCGCUCAUCAGCAACAGCCACCAGCUCCAGGGUGGCUUCGAUGGCUACGCGCGCGGGGCGCAGCAGCUGGCCGCGGCGGCCGGGGCCGGGGCCGGCGCCGGCGCUUCCCUGAGCGGCAGCGGCGAGGAGAUGGGCCCCGCCGCCGCCGUGGUGUCCGCCGUGAUCGCCGCGGCCGCCGCUCAGAGCGGCGCGGGCCCGCACUACCACCACCACCACCACCACGCCGCCAGCCACCACCACCACCCGACGGCCGGCGCGCCCGGCGCCGCGGGCAACGCGUCCGCCUCGGCCGGGGGCGCGGGCGGCGCGGGCGGCGGGGGCCCGGCCAGCGCCGGGGGCGGCGGCGGCGGCGGCGGCGGCGGGGGCGCGGCGGGGGCGGGGGGCGCCCUGCACCCGCACCACGCCGCAGGCGGCCUGCACUUCGACGACCGCUUCUCCGACGAGCAGCUGGUGACCAUGUCGGUGCGCGAGCUGAACCGCCAGCUGCGCGGGGUCAGCAAGGAGGAGGUGAUCCGGCUGAAGCAGAAGAGGCGGACCCUGAAAAACCGCGGCUAUGCCCAGUCCUGCCGCUUCAAGAGGGUGCAGCAGAGACACGUCCUGGAGUCCGAGAAGAACCAGCUGCUGCAGCAAGUCGACCACCUCAAGCAGGAGAUCUCCAGGCUGGUGCGCGAGAGGGACGCGUACAAGGAGAAAUACGAGAAGUUGGUGAGCAGCGGCUUCCGAGAAAACGGCUCGAGCAGCGACAACCCGUCCUCUCCUGAGUUUUUCAUAACUGAGCCCACUCGCAAGUUGGAGCCAUCAGUGGGAUACGCCACAUUUUGGAAGCCCCAGCAUCGUGUAUUUACCAGUGUGUUCACAAAAUGAAAUUUAUGUGAGAGCUGUACAUUAAAAAAUUAUCAUUAUUUUAUUAUUAUUUGAAGUCGUGUAGAACAACCUGCCCCUGACUCCUGUUUAGUCUUUCCUUUUUAAAGAAAAAUUACUGUGUUAGAGAAGAAAGCUAUUAAAUGUAUAACCUCCGUGCUAAUUAACCAUGCCUCUUGUCUGAGGGCCUUAUAUUUAGACCCAUAGAAAAGCCUACUCGCGCUUCUCGAUUUCCAGUGCGCACAACUGAACAGGUGCGAUGGUUUUUCAACCUGUAUUAUUAGUUUUAAAAAUCCACUGAAAUCACAAAGAGAUUUGUAUGUACAUACAGACGCAGAAAAGUUUCCCAGAAUGUUACAGCUAGCAUUUUAAAAGCAUAUGGAGACAUGCACAUUCUAAAUAGUACUUUUUCACGCCUCAGUGUUUCUCUGGCAGAUAAUUUUACUACGAAGAAAAUAAUAUCUGACUGCCCCUUUUCCAAACAGAUGCCAUCGGCCAAAGCUUCAGCAGAGCUGAGCACCGCCCCCGCCUCAGUUUUCUCGUAGGCCAUAGUAUUGUAUUUAUCAGUGAUGUCAAACGUGUUCAUUUAUCAGAUAUAGCUGUAAAUGAAAACAAUGUGUGGCAAAAUACAAAGUUAGUUAAAUACACA